AUGUCAGGCUUUUCAAUGAAAUCGGAUGAUAAAAAGGAGAAGCAAGCAGCAGCAGAAGCUCCAGCAUACAAGACAAUCGCUUCCAUGGAAACGCAGUCUGCUAACGGCGGCGGCGGUGGAAAAAAAACGAAACGCAACCGCAACUGCAAACUCUGUAUCUGCUUCACACUCCUUCUCAUCCUCCUCAUCUUCGUAGUUAUCCUCAUCUUAGCCCUUACCAUCUUCAAACCAAAACGCCCAAUCACAACCAUCGAUUCCGUCACCGUAGAUCGGUUCCAAGCUUCAAUCAACGCGCUAGCUCUCAAAGUCAUCCUAAACCUAACCCUCCACGUCGAUCUCUCCUUGAAAAACCCAAACCGCGUCGGAUUCAGCUUCGAUUCGUCGUCGGCGCUGCUCAAUUACAGAGGCCAGUUGAUCGGCGAAGCUCCUAUCCCGGCGAGCCGAAUCGCGCCGGAGAAAACGCUGCCUAUGAACCUAACGCUGACGCUGAUGGCGGAUCGGUUACUCUCCGAGUCGCAGCUUCUCUCCGACUUCAUGUCCGGCGACAUCCCUCUCAACACGUUCGUGAAAGUCGCCGGAAAAGUAAGCGUCCUCAACAUCUUCAAGAUUAAAGUCCAAUCGUCUUCUUCCUGCGAUCUCAGCAUCUCUGUUUCGAAUCGCAACGUUACGAGUCAACACUGUAAGUAUUCAACUAAGCUUUGA